UCAUAUCUAAUGUGUUUCUUUUUAUUUCAGGUGUCGUCAUAGAAAUUGAACCCACUGAAGGGCUAAUGUUUAGUAGUUGUCGUAUUGGUGCAACAGCAAUUAUAGUCCUCACCAACCCAACAAAUACGCCGAUAGCUUAUAAGAUAAAGACAACAUCCCCAGAGAAGUACCGUGUUCGUCCCUCAGUGGGGAUCCUUGAGGCUGAGAUGCAAUUGGAAAUAGGGGUUACAUUGAGUGAGCAGUUAGCACCAUCUGCAUUAGUGCGUGAUAAAUUCCUUGUGAUGGGAGCUCCAGCAUCUUCAAAUGACCUAACUUCUCAGGGAGUUUCUCAACUAUUUAAGCACUUAACUACUUGCUGCCAAAUAAUCGCCCUCCGAGAAGAAGGCCUUACGGUGCGUGCCAUCGCAGACCAACUUGCUGUUUCGACAUCAACUGUGAAGAGGUGGAUCAGAAGAUAUGCCGAAAUGGGUAUUUUAACUGAUUUGGAAAGAAGACCACGCCCCUGACUGACUACUAGGGAUGAGGAUGCCGCCUUAAUAACAGCAAUACAAAACAACCCGUUCUCCAACGCUGUCGCCAUCACAGAGGCAUUACACUUAGACGUCUGUGCACAGACUGUCAGGCCACGUUUGCAUGAGGCUGGCAUACAACACAGAGUCCCUGCCAUAAAGGAACGGCUAACUGAACAACACCGCACUGGUCGCCUCCAGUUUGCCCAGCAAUAUGUGGGGGAGGCCCUGGAGUUUUGGUCGCGAGUAGUCUUCACGGAUGAGAAGACUUUUGCCAAUGUCAGGUCACCUAUUGUUGGGUGCGGGAUUUGUGGGUCUUAUGACCUGAAGAUGUCUUGAAUUACAUUAUUUUUUACCUAUGAGGUAUAUACAUAGUACUAUACUGUAUUGUAUGUGAAGGAUACAUGUAUUAAUAAGCACAGAUUAUUACAGUAAUGUAUCUACUCUAUACUAAUUAAUCAAAAACAAAUAAAUAAUGUUGUAUCAUGAAUGGGGCAGUACAGUAGACAAACAAUCAGUGAGGCGACCCUUUUACGGGAGGGGUGGGGGGGGGGGUGUGAUCACAUCCCAAUGGACCCUUCCCCCUCCCCUCCCUUCCUCACAGCAUUCAUUGUAAACUUCUAUUUGUGUUAAAGAGAUGAAUUUGAUACCAUAAUGAUCCUGAAUAAAAUCUAUGAGAUGUUUCCAAUAUGAUAUCCUUAAAUGACAAGGCAAAUAUUAAGGUAAAAAUAAGUAUUUUACUGUAUAUGAAGGGUACUGGUAUUAAUAAGCUCAAAUUACAACAGUUUCUAUCGCCAAAUCUCUAUGUGCAGAACUAAACAAAGAAUUUAUUUGAAAUACCCCAGAACAUUCAAUAUCAUAAUAUCCUGACAUCUGGGGUAAGUUAUACAGACUUUUCCCUGUGAAAAAGUCAUAAUUUUGAGCAGCAUAUUACUGUACUCAUUUUGUUCUCAAAUGUUCUAUGCUAUAGAACUAAAAUUUUUAUCUUUUGUGCAAACCGUGAGAUGUUUAUACUCUUAUACUCAAAUUAAUCGCUAUCUUGCAAGGGUUCCAUCAAUGUAAGUUAUAUUCUGCUAAGUCAAGUGUGAUAUUUUAUAAGAGAAAAUUCCAGUCUAAAACAACCUUCAAUCCAUUUUUUUUUGAGAAAGGAGGGGUGAGAGAAGAUUACAGGUGGGGGGAGGAAGUUAUAGUUUGGAAAUUUAAGAAAUUUAGGAGGAGGUAGGAGAGGGUGGACUGACUAUCUUGCUGUGGGUUAGCUGAGUUAAUAGUGUGUUAGGGUUGUGUCAUGGGUUAAUUAUUGUUUGUCGGCACAGGCACUAGACAGCCUACUCCAUCUCAUUUAUAGGUGUUUUGAGGGCCUCAUCUCAUAUUCCGCUAACCCUACUGGUGGAUGCUGGUCUAGGGAGGUUGUCUAUUGCCUGGCCGUAUAGAUCAAGGGUGGUAAU